UGCGGCGGGGACCGGGCGACAUGGCGGCGGUGGCAUCGCUGGCUCGGCUCGCGGCGGCCUUCGUUCUCCUCGCAGCCCAGGUGGCCUGUGAGUAUGGCAUGGUGCACGUGGUGUCGGAGACUGGGGGCCCCAAAGGCAAGGACUACUGCAUUCUCUACAACCCGCAGUGGGCCCAUCUGCCCCACGACCUCGGCAAAGCCUCUCUGUUGCAGGUUCGGGACUGGACGGGCUCCGUGCUCUGCUCUCCAUCAGACCUGCCAGCCAAGGGCUUCAGCAACCAGAUCCCACUGGUGGCGCGGGGGAACUGCACCUUCUAUGAGAAAGUGCGGCUGGCCCAGGGCAGCGGGGCACGUGGGCUGCUCAUCGUCAGCAAGGAGACACUGGUCCCCCCAGGAGGCAACAAGACGCAAUAUGAUGAGAUUGGCAUUCCUGUGGCCCUGCUCAGCUACAGGGACAUGCUGGACAUUUUCGAGACUUUCGGCCGGACGGUGCGGGCAGCGCUGUAUGCACCCAAGGAGCCAAUGCUGGACUACAACAUGGUCAUCAUCUUCAUCAUGGCUGUGGGCACUGUCGCCCUGGGGGGCUACUGGGCCGGGAGCCGGGACGUGAGGAAGAGGUACAUGAAACACAAGCGGGACGAUGGGCCCGAGAAACAGGAGGAUGAAGCCGUGGACGUGACGCCCGUCAUGAUCUGCGUCUUCGUGGUCAUGUGCUGCUCCAUGCUUGUGUUGCUCUACUUCUUCUACGACCAGCUUGUCUACGUUAUCAUCGGGAUCUUCUGCCUGGCCUCCUCCACUGGCCUGUACAGCUGCUUGUCACCCCUCAUCCAGAGGCUGCCAUUCUGCAAGUGCAGGGUCCCUGACAACAGCCUGCCCUACUUCCACAAGCGGCCUCAGGUCCGCACGCUGCUCCUGGCGCUGCUGUGCGUGGCAGUCAGCGUGGUGUGGGGUGUCUUCCGGAACGAGGACCAGUGGGCUUGGAUCCUUCAGGAUGCUCUGGGCAUUGCCUUCUGCCUCUACACAUUGAAAACCAUCCGCCUCCCCACAUUCAAGGCCUGCACACUGCUGCUGCUGGUGCUCUUCAUCUACGACGUCUUCUUCGUGUUCAUCACGCCCUUCCUGACCAAGAGUGGGAACAGCAUCAUGGUGGAGGUGGCUACUGGGCCGUCGGACUCGGCUACCCACGAGAAGCUCCCCAUGGUCCUGAAGGUGCCCAGACUGAAUGCUUCACCACUGGCCCUGUGUGACCGGCCCUUCUCCCUCCUGGGCUUUGGGGACAUCCUGGUCCCAGGGCUGCUCGUGGCCUACUGCCACCGCUUUGACAUCCAGGUGCAAUCCUCCAGGGUCUACUUCGUGGCCUGCACCAUCGCCUACGGCAUUGGCCUCCUGGUGACGUUCAUGGCGCUGGCCCUCAUGCAGCGCGGCCAGCCCGCCCUCCUCUACCUGGUGCCCUGCACUCUCGUCACCAGCUGCGCCCUGGCGCUCUGGCGCAGGGAGCUGGGCAUGUUCUGGACGGGCAGCGGCUUUGCGGUGAAUACCAGUUUGCUAUGACUGUCUGCAAGAAAUAAUAGCCUAAUAAGCCCUAACUAGAGUUAAAAAGGACCUACCUCAGCCUGCAUGGGUACCUGCUGCGGCUGAUGGCCCUCAGCCCCGGGCGGACUCGGAUACCACCACCGCCCAGCAGCCUCCCGGGCAAGAAGCACUCCCGGCCUCCCUGCCAGCUGAGCAGUCCCCAGAACCUCCUGUACCCAAGGAGACCGAGGCCAGUGCACCCCCCCGGGAGCCUGAGAGCCCCACCGGCCUCACCCCCAAACCUGCAGGCCUACCUGACCCCUCGGCCUAGGGGAAGGCACACAGACUCGGACUUUCACCGCCGGCCCCCCGCGCCCGGGACUGGACCCGCCUGGCCCCCAACUUGGUGCUCUGGUCUGGCCGGUGCGCGCGUCCUCUUCUUCCCGUCUGGCUGCAACCCGGACCCCAGCCCUGCUCUGAGCCUGAGCGGCGCUGCACAAGCCCUGCCGGCCCAGGCCCUCAAGCUAGUGCCAGCUCCGCAGUCUUCCUGUCCGGGUGGGGCCCCGGGGAGGGUGGCGGCAGACAUGCCCAGUUUGGUGCUUCCCUGGCUGCUGCUUCCCUUAGGUCCUAGGGCCUGAGAGGGAGGACCUCUGCCUCCUGAGGGAGGGACGUUUUUGUCCAGCAGGGCCCCAGGGGUUUGGACUCCAGUGUCGCCUGCUAGGUGGGGUCUGGACACCCCCACUCUGGGUUGGGGGCAUGAGGAGGGGGCCCGCGGUGAUCUCCAAGCCCUGCCCCACAGCCAUUCAUUGCCGGGAAGCGCCCAGCGCCUGUGCUCAAGCUCCUCCGUGUUUUAAUAAACGGCCACGACUUUUUGAAAUACUUGGUAGUGUCGCCUCUUGGGGCACGAGUCCCUGGGACUGCUCCUCUCAGGGGCAGGGCUGGCGCCAGGCCAGGGCCCAUUUUGCCUUUCCGCUUAGAGGAACUUGGCCCCCACCCUCGCCAUGGGCAUCUGCACGCUCUCAGCCCCAUCCAGUGCACGCACCUCAGCCUCCAGCUACAGCAAAGGCGGGGAGCUUCUGGAAUGUGGGAGGAUAUUUGGAACUGGCGUUAUGUCUUCUACCUCACCGACAGGGUUCUCUGAACCUCAGGACAGAUGCCGCCGGCCCCCAUGUCACCACCUGGCGACAGAGCCCUGCCUGCUCCUCCCCAUCCAUGACGAGAGGGAAGGCACAGACCCUCUGGCUCCAGGGCCAGCUCUGUGUCCCUCUGGUCCCGCCGCUGUGCUGCAGAUGGCAGGUGGGGGCCAAACCACGAUCCAUUCCAAACAAUACCAGCGCCAGACAGACUCACCCUCUCUGUCAGCCACGCCUUUCGAGAGAGAAAUGAUGUUUAUUCCUAAAAAAAUCAGACGACAACUUCCACCUGGUUAGGUAUGUGUCUUAAAAAGAAACUGGUGUGUGGGUGGGGGUGGAGCAGCUGGACCUGCCAGGACCCACGGGAGACCGUGGCCUUGGAGCUGGACCUGGGCUGCAGGCACAGGGCAGCCUCGGGGGAGGGCCCCAGUCUGGCCUUCCUCUAAGCCAUUUUGUAUGGUGGUGUAAGAACACGGAAUCUAUUCUUUUCUGUUUUGGAAGUUUGACAAAUGUCAAGGAAUUCAAAGGCAGAUGUUAGUUCCUGAAGUUUCCGUUUGCGGUUUUUGCCUUGCUUCUGUUCGAAUCUUAUAAUUAAAUACAGCUUUUGAUAUUUA